AUGCAGGCAUCGUUCGGCGAGAGCUGCCUCUUUCUUUCCGGCGGCGGCAUGCUGGGCAUGUACCACCUAGGCACAGUGCGACAGCUUCUAGACGACGAUCUGCUGCCAGAGCAUCUCUGCGGAACCUCCGUGGGCUCUAUCGUCGGUGCUUUCGUAGCAACGCGCACGGACAAUGAGCUCAGAGAGGAGCUCAACACCCUGGAGGAGUGGUACAAGCAGAUGGGGCCCGAGGAGGGCCCUUUCCCUGUGCCAUACUGGGAGGUUGUCGUUCGAGUGCUCUGGCGAGGUUAUAUCUACGACUACAUGAACCAGUAUCGCAACCAGGCCACAUUCGUCUCCGUGGGCUUGACUUUCGCGGAGGCUUUUGAGAGAACGGGCAGGACAUUUACAAUCACCUGCACGCCGACUUGCGGCGGGCCCCUCCUGUUGCUCAACAGGCAUACAGCGCCCACGGUUCUCAUCGCCUCCGCAGUCUGCGCCUCCUCGUCCAUGCCGAUGCUGGUACAGGCCGUCCGAUUGCUGGAGAAGGCUCCGGACGGCUCCGUGAGGCCGUGGCCAGGUGUUGCGUCCCUCGUCCGUGAUGGCACCAUGUUGGCUGACUCUCCAUGCCAUGAACUCGCCGACAUGUUGAACACGCGGUGGUCCAUCAUCUCGCAGGUCAAUCCGCAUGUCGUGCCGAUGUCCCUGCCGUUUUUGUUUGCCAACUGCCUUAGGCGGAGCUUGAGAGCUUGCGCAAGUUUGGGCGCUGCAGAGCCUAUGCUCCGCAGGUGCAUCUGGACGACGCUGCAUACACUGCAGUCCUGGACUGGACUCCCCAGACGAGGCGGCUGGAUUUACAACCUCCUUUUCCAGGACUACUUUGGAGAUGUCAACAUUGUCCACGAUGAGAUGCGCUUCAUCGACUAUGUCCGGGUGAUAAAGAACGAAAUUAGCAUAGAGGACCUCCAGAAGAAGGCAUUUCUGGGCGCAGAGAGAAGCAGCCAACCUCUUCAGCGACAGAAGUUGCGAACCAAAGUUGAGGCGGCCUUGCGAGCAGCGUCCACGGCAAGUGCCAUUGCGCCUGCCAGCACACCGCGUCGGCCAAGAAGAGCUCUUGGGCGAAGAACGCGUGUGUGA